ACCGAAUACGAAGAACCAGAAGCAUCUGGCCAGCUCCUACACGACCUUUGCCUGGCUCUGAGCAAUAGCAUCAAGUCAUUGCUUAUCAUUUCCUCAAGCAUAUCCGAACUGCUGUUGUUACCGUCCAACCAUGGUACGAUAUUGGCAGCUGUUAGUAUCUUCAUCUUGCUCUCCUAGAUGUGAUACCUGCCAAGAGUCCAAAAGGACCUCCGCCUCGCCCUUGCACUUUCCCAAAGAGGAAGGCUCCCAUGGUCCAGCAAACUCCACAACAUGAUCUCUGUCUACUUAGCCAGGGUGCUUUCCCUCUCUCGUGGAUGUUCAGGACUCUUGUGGUCGAUUGUACUGCGCGAAGUUCUCUCAGUCAGUAUGAAGAGCUCAUUCCAACGGUUAUCUCUACGGACGCCAUUCAGCUGCAUCUAUCCUUCCAAGCAGGAUGACUAUGGCAACUGCGUCGAUUUCCAGAACCAGAAAUGGGUCUUGCACGGUCCCAAGACCCUCCUCAUGACAAGCUUCGUCGUCUCCAUAAUCGGAGGAUGUUGCAUAUUUGUGCUAAUGGGUCGCGGGAGUCGAGCGAAGAAGAACAACUCUACUCAUGGUGCCAUCGAGUGGUUCAAAGGCCAUAGCAUGGCUGGAGCUAUGGCCCUUGCCUUGAUCUAUUUCCUCGUCAAUGCCUACCUCCAGUUCAUCCAAUACGAGCAACGCACGGAGCCCAUUGCCAGUAUGCUCAUCGACUUUGCUCGGACCAAGCCUCAAGGCCUUGGAGACUAUAUCGUGCUCACCGUUAUCCUGCGCAACAAGCACAUCUACGCCGUCAGCGGAGCUGCAAGCGAGACCUAUUUCAAGGUUUGGGGUUGGAUAUUUUACAUCCUAUUCACAGUCUCAGAUCUCGCAAGCGCCAUCGGCGACCUAUACACAAGGACAAACCUGGUCAUCGAAAUCGGAAACAAGGGAGUCGAAACAUCCUAUUCCAAGAUUAUACCAUCUUAUGUUGACUCAAUUCUGUCGGCAUUUGACACAGUCGCAUAUGCCUUGAUAGUGCUGGCUGGAGUUUACUUUGUCACCGUGGCAUUCAAAUUCAAACUGACUGGCAGGGACAAGACAUAUAAGCGAUAUUUGUACUUCUACACCGUCGCAUCGGUGGCGUUUCUCAUCCGAUCAAUCCCUGGCCUGGUGUUCUGUAUCAUCUCCGACUGGUUCAGCUGGACGAGAACUUACAGGAUGAACCUGUUGGACAGUAUGGUCUAUGCUGUCACCACGGUCACCAUUUUCACUGCGUGGACUGAAUUGGCAAGGACUCCAAUCAAUGCGCAUAGCCCAGGAGAGGACUUUAGACAUUCCCCACUGCCACAUGUGGAAGAAUACAAGCAGGCCAAUACCCAGUGGUCAUCAGUCAACCUCUAAUGAGAGAGCGUUGACUUGAGAGUGGACGGCUUUUGUAUAAGCAACUGGAUCUGCGAACGCAUUGGGACGUAAGAGACUCGAAUGACAUUCUUUUGUGCGUUGUGGGCAGGAUACUAUGUUGGCAACAAGAAC